AUGUCCCUCAUUACUUCACCGGGCGAUGCGGGGUUUGGGGUACUGCUUCUUUCCUUUGUUUGUGCAUCAACGGUACUAAUAUUCUUGAAAUUAGCUAUUCGGAGAAGACAGCACUUAAAAGAGGCGGCGCCCCCAACCAUUUUUAUUCCCCGUGGUUACACGGUCGAGGAACUUAGUGAGUAUGAUGGUGUGAAGUCGCCGCUUGCUUUUGUCGGGGUGCGGGGCAUUGUUUACAACGGUGCCACUUCUUUUUACGGAAACAAUGCGCCUUACAACGCAUUUGCGGGUAGGGAUAGCUCGCGCCACUUUGCGAAAAUGGAUGUGGGACGGCAAGAAGCGAACAUGGAUUGGACGACACUUAGCCCAUCACAUAUGAAAACUCUGAUUGAGUGGGAGGCAUUGCUGCGUAGUAAGUAUGAGGUUGUGGGUUGGAUUGUACCAUCCGACAGUUUCUUUAAGAAGGAUGAAAAUUUAGCCUAA